AUGCGCCCCAUUCUGCUGUUGCUCGCGCUGGCUACCGUAGCCCUUGGGUGCUGGACACCGCCUUGCCGAGGAUGGUGCCGCCAUGACUCUGACUGCCCCGAGGAUAGCAUCUGUAAUGGCAGAAAAUGUGAGAAAUGGACGCUAGAUGCGGGGAAGCGCCAUUCGCGACCAGCGUGCAGCGAGAACGACGAUUGCCCGGCUGACCAGCAAUGUGUAGCCGGAAACUGUGAGCCAAUAUGGGACACGCUGGACGCCAACAAACGCCAUCCGCGACCAGAGUGCGGCGAGGACUCUGAUUGCCCGGCUGACAGCAUCUGUGUAUCCGGAAGUUGUCAGAAAUGGAAGAUGGAUGUGGCAACACGCAGUCGUCGUAGCGAUGACCCUCAUUUUUGCCGCAAGCUACGGUGCACGGACAGA